UCUCCCGGCUGCUGGGCUCCAGCCCCGGGGGAACAGACCGCCAUGGCCGAGCAUCUCUCCCAGAGCGAGCUGGACUACCCGUUCAGGCUGCUGGAGUACGUGCAUGGAUUCCAGCUGUCCCAGGUGAUCUUCUCCGCCUGUGAGCUGGGGGUGUUUGACCUGCUGCUGGGGGCCCCGGGGCCCCUCAGCGCCCAGCACGUCUCCCAGGAACUGGGGACCAGCCUGGACGGGACGGAGAGGCUGCUGGACGCCCUGGUGGGCAUCCACAUCCUGGACGUGGAGAAGACGGGCGGGGCAGCCGUGUACAGCAGCACCGAGGUGGCCAACCUGUACCUGGCCCGGGGCAGCGCCAAGUCCCUGCAUGCCAUGAUCCUGUACCAGGCCCAGACCAUCUACCCGCUGUGGAGCAACAUGCCGGACGCCAUAAGGAAAGGGAAGAAUCAGAAUGAAAAGACUUUUGGUCUUCCACCUGAGGAGAUUUUUCAAGCUAUUUACAGGUCGGAGGAGGAGAUGCUGAAGUUCAUGGGGAUGAUGAACUCCUCGUGGGUCCUGGACGGACACGACAUCGCCACGGCGUUCAACCUGUCUGGCUUUGAGAGGAUCGUAGAUCUGGGAGGGUGCACCGGGGCUCUGGCCCGGGAGAUGGCCAAGGCCUAUCCCUCGUCGUCCGUCACGGUGUUUGACCUGCCGGAGGUCGUGGAGGCAGCAAAGAAACACUUCUCUCUGGAGGACGAUGCCGUCGCUUUCCAGAGCGGAGAUUUCUUCAGCGGGGAGAUUCCUGCUGCCGACUUGUUCGUCCUGGCCAGGAUCAUCCAGGACUGGACGGAGGAAAAGUGUCUGGCCCUGCUGAGGAAGAUCUACCACCUCUGUAAGCCAGGUGGCGGCGUCCUGCUGGUGGAAGUGAUGCUCUUUGAGAACAGGCGAGGACCAUUCAUGGCUCAGAUCUCCUCCCUGAACAUGCUGGUGCGGACGGCGGGCAGGGAACGCCCGCCCUCCCAGUACAGCCACAUGCUCAACCAGGCCGGCUUCCACAACGUCCAGAUCUGCAGGACUGGGAAGACCUACGACGCCAUCCUGGCCACCAGAUGAGCUCACGCAGACUUGCAUCUGACCGUAAAAGUCCUAGAUCACUUAGUAUUUAGGGGUCGGAGUUAAACGUGAAACAUACAGUCAUGUGCAGAAUAACCCUCAUGUUCCCCCCUAAAUUAUCGGUUUUAUGUGAAGACGUCAUAAAAAUCCCCGUAUUGUAGCGGGACUUCAUAUUUGGGAAAUGUAUACGGAAGAGUAUUAGGGCCAGGCAGGAGAAAAAUAAAAAUAAUAUUUUAGAGGAGGAUGAUUUUUUUUUCAUUAUGUACUUUGAGAAAAAAGUCAAAAUGUUGAGAAAAAAGUCAAAAUGGGUUUUAUUAUAUUGAUUUGAAACACAUAUCACACAUAUGCAGUUGCAUAACUUCAGAAACGUACCCUUGACGUUCCACUCCAAGGAUGUAAGUUAGUUAGAUAGUUAGUUAGUUAGUUAGUUAGUUAGUUAGUUACGGCUGCUGCUGCAGAGCUGUCAGUCGCUCUAACUGGAUUUGAUGGAGGAGACAUUUACACUUUAUUCACCAAAUUGUAUUUCAACUUUAUUCUCGAAAUUUCAACUCUAUUCUUGAAAUUGUAUUUCAACAUUAUUUUCGAAAUUUUGACUUUUUUCU